AGUAGUAGUAGUAGUAGUGGGGGUAGUACUUAGAAUGAGAUAAAAAUAGGCAGUAAGAAUAGGAUAAUCUUGUUAGUAUGAUUAAUUUGUAAAGUACUUUUUAAACUUGUACAACAGUUUAUUGAGUACUUUGAAAGCACUUACAGUAAGAAAACAAUUUGACAAAUAAGUAGGAUUUUCAUUCGAAUUCUGUAAAUCUCUCUUGAAAGAAAAACAUAAAGUUUCCUUACUGUUGUGAUUUUAUUCCUGACUAGUUAUCAUGUGAUUUAUUCAUCAAUCGGAAUACGACUUAUACAAUCGUAACACUGUGUCACAUCAAUCACAUAUUGAUCGGCAUGAGUUACCUAGCAUCCUUAUUAGUCACUGUUUCUUGAGUAACCCUGCAUGUUCAGUUCAGAACAGUGAUCACAGCCUCACAGUGACAUGCAUCAUGUAUUUCAAACAUACUGGGUUUAUCAAGAAACAGUGACUAAUAAGGAUGCUAGGUAACUCAUGCCGAUCAAUAUGUGAUUGAUGUGACACAGUGUUACGAUUGUAUAAGUCGUAUUCCGAUUGAUGAAUAAAUCACAUGAUAACUAGUCAGGAAUAAAAUCACAACAGUAAGGAAACUUUAUGUUUUUCUUUCAAGAGAGAUUUACAGAAUUCGAAUGAAAAUCCUACUUAUUUGUCAAAUUGUUUUCUUACUGUAAGUGCUUUCAAAGUACUCAAUAAACUGUUGUACAAGUUUAAAAAGUACUUUACAAAUUAAUCAUACUAACAAGAUUAUCCUAUUCUUACUGCCUAUUUUUAUCUCAUUCUAAGUACUACCCCCACUACUACUACUACUACUACUACUACUACUACUAAUACUAAUACUACUCAUUAUAAGUACCACUACUAUUACUAGUACCACUACCACUACUACUUCUACAUUACUCUUAGUUCUUUUGGUACAAAUAUAUGUAUAAAUAGUAUUGAUUUUAUCUUAUCAUGCAAUGCAAACGUGAUAUGACAACUUGUGUCAACCUUCUUCUAUGUUAGGUUCCACGUUGAUAACUGAUUGACAACCUCGUGAUUAUCACGAUUUAACAUCGUUUAUUUAUUUGGUAUUUCGAAGAAAUGCAAUGUGUUAAAAUGACUUGAUAAUAAACUAGAGAUUAAUUAUAUAAAUUCAUUAUGAUUGACAAGAUUAGAGAUAGUUAUGUAUGAGAUGUGUAAAUUGUGAAUGGUUUCUGUGAAUAAAUCCAGUGUUUGUAACUAGGAGUAUUGAUUAUGAAUCGAGUGAUGUUGAGUGUUGCUAGAUGUAUGAGGACAGUUCUGACUUCUUGGUUUGCCACAUUGUGGAAGGGUUGAUCUAGAGGUAUCUGAAAAGGAACUAGUGUUUUGGGUUGUUUUAGUGACGUGAGAGCGUGACUUCAGUGCCCAAGAUACAACUGAUUGAGGUGGGUCAUACACGAUCUUGUUGUAAGUUUCUUCUUAGCUCCGCAUUUAUUGGAACCUUACCCCCGGAGACGGAAAUCCGUGAGGGAAGGAGUUAUGUGCAUUUUUAGAGUCGACCCUUUCUAACAACACCCCUCCUUGUGGGAAGGCAGAAUCGCUAUGAUGGUGGUUGCCUGAAGGAAACACCUUACUGCUGUCACACCUCUGUACAUUCAGCAGUACGACUUCGCCUUCCGACCUAAGGUUUGCUGCUUUUAGUCUUACUGCUCUUCAACAGACCUGUCUGGCAUGGUAGAACCAUGAGGGACGAUUGUUCCAGCCAGUAUAGCUCAAUUGGUUCAUCACGAUAGGCAAGUCCGACCAUCAUGUCAAGGUAGCAGCAACGAUCGGGACAGUGAGCAUUGUUUGUGAUGCGUUUCUCCCCUUCUAAAUGCAAGUUUUUGCUUCGGGACUGGCCUGUGUCAAUACCUGAACUAAGGAUAGGCAGUGAAGUAGUCGAACGCUUAUCUUAAAAGUCUGAUCAACCGUAAUGAGUUGGUUUCUGACAAAAUCUCUGCACGGAUUCAGAAAACUCGUUUGGCUUUUGCUAACUUACGUCAGUUAUGGCGAAGUAGAGAUAUCCAUCUAUUAAUUAAGGGCCGAGUAUACUGCGCAGCAGUUCUUUCUGUUUUACUUUAGGCUGCGAAAUGUCGCCAGUAAGAGUAGAAGAUAUUCGUAAGCCACUAGUAUUUGACCACAGAUGCCUUAGAAAUAUAGCUUGCAUCUGCUGGGAUCACCGGAUAAGUAAUUGUGAGGUUAGACGCAGAGCAUUAAGGAACGAUGGUAAAUCAGUGUAUGUGGUUGUAAAUCUUCAUCAAUUAACAUGAUUGAGCUACGUCUUACUUAUGUCUGAACACUGUUUACCACGGCAGGCAAUGCUGACUAGUGUUGGAGACGGAUGGAAGAAAGUCAGAGGCGACCAAACCAAGAUUUGGCAUCAGUCAUUUAGGUCACUAACUUCUAGUUUGAGCCAUGUUGGUAGAUGCAAUCUACUUGGUUGGGGUCCACGUGACUGUAGUAACCGAUGGUCGGAGACUCUAUAUGACAUGACUCAGAAUCGAUCACAGUGGUGUCGUUGUAUACACUCUUCGUCUGCCCUUAAACCAUGAGAUUAAAAUUACUUUAUAUCUUUCUUUCUACCAACUAAUUCUUUCUUCCUGCAUUAUGUACUUGUAUGCACUCUUUCUUUUAUAGAUUACCACGAUUGAAGUGACUACUUCUAUGAAUUUGGUGUUCAUCUUGUUGUGCUAAUGAGGUACAGCAAAUUGGACCGAAGGCCUAAUCUACAAGGCAGUGUAGCGACGUAAGGAGAUGCGGUCCCAUGGUUGCUGGUGACCAAUGACACGUUUAUAUGCCAUUUUUCCCUUACGAUCCUGGAGUCCAUGUUCACCACUGAUUUGAAAUGAGGGUUUUCCAACUAUUCCAGGUAGAUCCUCCAUAUCCAUCAACCCGGUUAACACACCGGACGUCCGCUUUCCCCCCUCUCAAUUUCGUAGACAACACUCCCGCCACGAGAAGGUAGUGAGUAGGAUGCACAUUAAUUAGAGUAAAAAAUAUUUUAGCUGGAAUGAAAACCAUUUCUCACAUCAUAACUUCAAUCUUUAUUAACAAAAUAUAUAAGAAGAUGGUUGAAGACAAUUUAGAAAUGAUUUUUUAUUAUUGAUUUUAUACAAUUACAUUCCUUACCCUUAAUACUUUAAUCUGAUUGUCGAUUUUUAGCAAGAUUUUUUUUCUAUGGGAUGGGGUUGUCAACCGUGCUCUUUUAUCCGGGCUUGGGACCGGCAGUAACUCUAGAAGAGUUACAGGCGAAGUUCUUACCUUUAAUGAAUUCAUGAUAUUAUAAAAAAAUUUACAUCAAAAGAUAAAUUUAUGAUAAUAUCUAUGGUGCCUUCUUACUUAAAUGAAGCCUGAAUUCAAAUAGGCUAUUUAUAAUUAAAUAAUUUCAACAUCCAACAGACAGAACUCUAAACAAUUAAGCUAUUAAACAAUUUUUACACACAUUUAUAUCAGUGUAAAACAUCCUUCUGUACUUGUCCAUACUUUUCAUGUUUGUUUCCGAUUCCCGACGUAGUGUGUUCUUCAGCCUUCCUCUCUCUUUUAAGAUUCCUUUCAGUAUUCCAAGUUAGGGCAUGCCUCAUGAUGCAGUUUGGUGAUUUCUGUAAUGUAUGUCGCAUCCACAUACAACGUCAUUUGCUAGUCACCUCUUCAGAUGGAAGCUGGUUUGUUCUCUAUCACAGAAGGCUGUUGUUGAUGGUACCUGACCAACGGACAUUCAGUGGCUUGUGUAGACAACUGUUUGUAAAUAUUUGUACAUGUUUGUUAUGGGUUGUGGUACUUCCUCAUGUUUCAUCUCCAUACAGUGGAACUGUCUUGACCUUCUUAUUCAAGAUCUUGAUUUUGAUGUUUGUUGACAGUUGUUUUGAGUCCUAUAUGUUCUUCACCUGUAGAAAUACGGCGCUUGCUUUGCUAAUCUUCGUCUCUACAUCUGCAUCCGAUCUUCCUUGUUCAUGGAUGAUGCUUUCCAGAUACGUGAAAGAUUGCACAUGUUCCAGAGCUUGUGCAUCAAGUGUGGCGUUCUCCGUGUUGUAUUUGAGGAUCUUGCUUUUUUCGUUAUGUAUGUUGAGGCCUACUGAUGCAAUCAGAUUAAAUAAAUUAAAAGGCCAACCGCAAACUAAAUAUGAUCAUAUCGAAUAACUGUUUUGUUCUAGUUCUCAACGUUUAGCUUUAUGUGACUGAGUCUCACAAACACACACCUGCCUAUUGUUUCGAACUAAUGAUCUGUAGAUUAUGUGAAGAACUUGAUAUUUUUAGACAAUUAGAUCGUGAUCUAAGGUUUAACUUUCAAUCAUUUCUGAAUGAUAUCCAGUAUUUGGUGAUUUUAAAUAAGUUCUUCACUGAAUAUUAGUCUAUGAUUAAAAAUUAACUUCAAUUAUACUCAAAGGAGUGUGUCAUAACUUUUCACUCAUUCACUGAGAUUUAAAAUUAAUACAGAUGAUUUAGAGGUUAAGCAUUCACAUGCGAGACCGAAGGUAUUAAGUGUCAAAUCCCAUACGCGGGAUCGUUGAUGUACACUGUUGAGGAGUCUCAGUAUCCCGUUCAAUGUUUCCAGGUUUUCAAUAGUGAUCUAACAUUAAUCUAUUCAUGUUAUCCAUUUAUUUCACAUGUAUCAGUAGGAGUUUUGUAGAUAUUAUAGUAAUUUUAAUAGUUGAGAUCAUGAGUCAAUUGAAACUAGACCACCAUGGAAAACCUGGAAGCACUAAACGACCGUUUCGUCCUACUGUGGGACUCCUCAGCAAUGCACAUCCACAAUCUCACCUCAUGAGAUUCAAACCCAAGACCUAUCUGUCUUGCACGCGAAGAUUUAACCUCUAGACCAUUAUAUCACCAUUUCAUCAUAUCACAAUGUUUAAAAUUAAUUAGGUCUGUAAAUUUUUCUUUCAUAAUAGACAUUAACCAUUUUUAUCGGAAGGGGUUUUGUGGAGAGUUUAGUAAUUUCAAUAGUUGAAAUCAUGAUUCAAUCGAAGCUAGACCACCAUGGAAAACCUGGAAGCACUGGACGGCUUUUUCGUUCAAGUAUGAGAAUUCUCAACAAUGCGAGGGGAGGGCGGCAUCGUUGAUACGCACUGCUGAGGAGUCCCAUACUAGGAUGAAACAGCCGUCCAGUGCUUCUAGGUUUUCCAUGGUGGUCUAGCUUUGAUUGAUUCAUGAUUUCAAUUACUUACCAUUUUUCUUUUGAAUAUUCACCUUAUCAACUAUUCUAAUUAAUGUAUAUACUGUUAUCAAUAACUUGGUUAUUGUUAAUCUGAUUAUCUUUAUGUUUAUAUACAAAGGAGUACAAUUUAAGUGACUCAUCAACUAACAUGUGUCCUUUUCUAAUUCAUUAGACAAAGAAAGAUUAUACACAUAAAUAUACAUAAAUGUGACAAUUAAGUACAUAGAUUGUAUUGAAGAUAGAUACAAUGUGUAUGUAUGUUGUAUGUGUGUUAGGUUAUAAGGUCAACUUGUCAAAAUGUGGGUCCUUUUAAAAUCUAGAAGAGUAAUACCCUUUGUAUUACAUUCACAUUAGACAUGUAUUGUUUUCUAAUGUUAACUUGCAAUGAUAAAUAAUAGAUACCAUACACUGGAAUGUAAUAAUAAUGGUAUAGAUAUUUUGAAAGGUAGUUUAUCAAUUACAACAUGAUUGUGUGUAUCUAUUACAUUAUGUUAAGUAGUCCGGUUUUGGUUUGAUGCACGGUUCUGUACAAGCUGAAUACACAGAGGUAAACAAGCAAGUGAAGAAGAGCAUCAAAACUGAAAAACAUAAAUAUGUGGAAGAUCUAUCAAUGAUGGCAGAAAAGGCUGCAAGAGAAGGAAACAUGAGACAAUUGUAUGAUACAACAAAGAAACUCGCUGGAAAUCACCGUAAACCAGAACAACCCGUGAAAAACAAGGAAGACAAGGUAAUCACCAACAUUGAAGAACAACGAAACAGGUGGGUAGAACACUUCAAGGAACUCUUGAAUCGACCAGCUCCACUGAACCCACCCAACAUCGAAGCAGCACCCACGGACCUCCCAAUCAAUGUUGGCCCACCAGCAAUUGAAGAAAUCAGCAUGGCCAUCAGACAAAUCAAGAGCGACAAAGCAGCGGGACCAGACAACAUUCCAGCAGACGUAGCACUAACUGCAAAGAUACUCAACAUUCUCUUCAGCAAGAUUUGGGAUGAAGAACAAGUACGGACAGACUGGAAAGAAGGACACCUAAUUAAGAUACCAAAGAAAGGUGAUCUCACCAAGUGUGAGAACUACAGAGGUAUCACUCUUCUCUCAAUACCAGGAAAAGUCUUCAGCAGGGUAUUGUUAAACAGAAUGAAAGAAUUCGUAGGCGUCCAAUUUCUAAGCCAACGGACUGGAUUCUGUAAGGAUAGACCAAGUAGAACGAAAGGGCAGUCAGGAUUCCACUGGUGGCCGCAACCCAUCUCUGCUUAUCGAGGCAAUCCUCACAGGAUGCUCAUAUGCCAACAGAGAUUAAUGAUUUAAAGUCCCAAACCAUAAUAGGAUAACUCAAAGAAUCAAUACAUACGAAUUAAAAACGAACAUUAUUGUGUCCAUUUAUAAACAUCAUUUGAUAGUCUCCUUUAGUAUAACCUAUGCACACGAUAGUUACCUAUAUUAAUUGCACUAAUAAAUCAUGUUGAUUGAAUGACCAUUAGGAAAUGAUUUAACCAACAAGAGUUAGGAAGAUAGACGCUUUUAUUGAUUUAGUAUUAGCCUACAAAUAUGUUUACAAGACCAGUUAAUUAGAUUUUGUAAAGUCAGUCAGUGGAAUAGCUCAAUUGUAAAUGGUGACUUCCCGUACAUAACAUGACCUGUCAAAGCAUAUAAAGCCUUUGAAUUAAGGCAAUAUCGAGGCAAUACACACAGUAUGCACAUAUGCUAAUAACAAACUGAUCAAUUGCAAUCUUAAACCUCAAUGGGAAGAUUCAAGCAAAACAAUACCAAGUGAAUAAUGAUGAUUAGUUACAAAUCAGAUGUAAUGGAAAAUCGAAAAAAAAACUAUUUAUGACCAAUACGACAGUUAGAAUGAUUGAAAGUGAAUAGAUUAUAUAACUUUGAUGAAUUCAAAAGAGGGUUUCAUUAAAGUCUAUAAAGUUGGCCGAUAGAUAAUGUUGAAAAAUUCAGCUGAGAUGAGCCUUUCAACAGAUCUGCUUGUAUAAAGAAAAACUGGAGUAUAAGUGUUCAUCUUCAUUAGUGUCGUUAUCACCAAUGCUUAUAAUAUUUUUGUUAAACCUACUCACCAGACACUUGGGUGUGAUAUAUAUUCUAAGAAAUGAUACUUCCCGGUUGCUCAACUCAACGUAGGUGGAGUGGGGUUCCGACAUGGAACUUAGAGCACGAAAUUCAAACGCCUUAGUCACCGAAUCAUUGCUUCACUCUCACAAUUAUAAAUAUACCGUUUAAGAGGGUAGUUUCACUUCAGCCUAAAGGGAAACCAAAAGCCAUGUUUGACUUUUACAAUUUAAAUAAAAUGACUCAGCUCUGUGAAGCAGACUCACUUGUAUCAGGAGCCAUACUGUAGUAAGCUAUUAUCGGCUCCGGGUAGAAUCAGAUCACCAACCUUUCGGUUAACAACCGAACUUGUUAACCUAUUGUGCCACAAAAGUGCACCAUUGACAUAUACAUUUCCACUGGUUGUUUUACUAAAUUUCUGACACUUUUAUUCAGUAAUAAACUUGGAGACCCCGGUACUAUUCAUAUUUCUAAGUUUACUAAAUAUUUAGAUUACAUAUUGUUAGACUCUUCUACUAUAUAGGAAAAUGUGAUAUUUUCCACAACAGAACACUAUAGAAGUUAGGUUUCUAGGAAUGUUUUAAAUUACUGUAUCCAAUAUUAGUGAUUAAACAAUAACAAUCUGAAUUAAGCCGAUUCCCAGAAGGCGGUGAACCCCAAACGCCCUGGUACGGCCAAAAGUGGGGAGAGCCAGCUCUCCCUCGCAGAAUGCUCUCACAUGGCCACGUGCCUACAACCGCUGACAGGGAAGUCCUACUGUUGCCUACGAAAUUGAGAGGGAGAAAAGCGGACGUCUAGUGCGUUAACCGGGUCGGUGGAUAUGGAGGAUCCACCUAGGGGAGUUGGAAAACCCUCAUUUCAAAUCAUUGGUGAACAUGGAUCCCAGGAUACUGAGGGAAAAAAUGGCGUAUAAACGUAUCAUUGGUCACCAGCUACCAUGGGACUACAUCUCCUUACGUUACUCCACUGCCUUGUGGAUCUGACCUUUAGGUUGAAGGCUCUGAGUAUGGCCCCCUAAGAAAACCACCUGCUUCUGUUUGGGCAGCCGGGCAGUAUCCCAGCCCUCACAUAAAUCGAAUAAUUUAUAUGGUGCAUAUCUGUUUGGUGCCUCCUUGUACCAAUUUUUAUGUGUUUGCAUAAUAAUUAAAUAAUAAUAUUGUAUAUAUGAGAUUAUUCGUUUAUCAUUCAGUAGAAUUACAUUCUAUCAACAUAUAUCAAUUCAAUAGAUUAGUUCCAAAGUUCAUCUAUUUGCAUGUCUUAUUCAAUUGAAACUGUUCAUAGUAAUUAAGAUUAGAUUCUUUUUUUUAAUCAAUCAAUCAAUCAUUCAUUCAAUUAACCAAUCAAUUUUGAACUAUGUAUUUACUAAAAUAAGACUAUCAAUCGAGAAAGUAGUAAUUAAGGUAAAAUAAGUACCUGAAUGUAAUAUCAUAUUAUAACAUACACGUCUAUACACGUAAUGUAUAUACAUUGUGUAGAUGUAUUAUUCAAGCAUGAUAAUACAGUGAAUUAUAUUAUUGAUUGAGAUCUUGAACCGAUUGAUGUUAGACUACCAUUUAAAACCUAGUAACACUGAACGGCUGUUUCAUCCUAUUGUGAGACUCCUCGGCAGUGAGUAUUCACGACCCCACUCGCGAGAUUUGAACCAUAUACUGGUAAUUACCAUGUACUCAUUAGUGACUAGCUUCGUGAGGGAAUUUUCGGAGUUCUAAUGAGAAGAUGUGACCAGUGGAGUUAUUCCGUAUCGGGUAGAGACAGGUAUCUAACUCAGUACAAUGGAAGAUGGUCGCUUAAUUUCGUAGAUUGGUUGAAGUUACACAUUAACACCAUUGGAUACCGACCCAGUGGUUUAGUAGGUUAAGCGUUUGCGCGCGUGACUGAAGGCUCUGGGUUCGAGUCCCUUCGGCGCGAGAUCAUGAAUGCGCACUGCUGAGUAGUCCCACAAUAGGACGAAACGGCCGUCCACUGCUCACAGGUUUUCAUUGGUGGUCUAACAUUAUUCGGUUCAAGAUCUCAAUCAGUCACUUAAUAAUCUCCACAACGCUAU